GAGACCAUGCGCAAGAAGAAGAUCCCGGUCCCGGAUGCUGCCCGGCUGGUCAGCGCUUGGGCGCUCUUCACCGCUUGCGUCUUCCUCGCCUCCUUCGCCCUCGCCUGCUACCACGUCCCCUGGGACCUGUGCGUCCAGUCGACGGACAUUACCGGGAUGGUGUACUGCGCUGCGACUCAGGCGGCCGUGGCGGCGCUGGCGCUGCUGCUACCAGGCCGCCACCUCUACGUCCGCACUGUCCUCGCGGACCUCGCGCUCGUGCUCACCAUCGUCGUCCACAUUGUCCUUAUGAUGGCUGCCGAGACCGACCACACCGUCAAGAUCUACUGGACCAUCGUCUUCAUGGCGGGCGACUCUGCCAGCUUCCUGGCCGUCUUCUUGGGAGGUGAGGAGGAUUGAGGACCGAUUAGUUCAGCUCUUUAGAUGAGGCACUGAU